UCUUCUAUAAUGAAAAUCAUCUGAGAAAAGCUACGGAAGUAGUACCGAAAACCUAGCCACCUUUUGCAUCCGCCACUCCCCAUGGCCGCUUCCACCGCCGUCACUUCCUCCGCCUUCCAGACGUCGUCCUCCGCCACCCGCCUCGCCCAUCCGCCGCCGUAUUCCAAGUCCUUCUUCAACCUCCCCACCAAAACCCUCCCAAAACCCCUCCACAUCACCCCCUCCAAAAAAAACCCAAUCUCCGAUGUCAUCUCAACCUACAAAAAAUCAGAAACCCUAGGUUCAGAUUCCCCCUUCCAAUCCAACGACGAUGAUAAACCUAGAGAGGAGUGCGGCGUCGUCGGAAUCUACAAGGACCCCGAAGCCUCCCGCCUCUGCUACCUCGCCCUCCACGCGCUCCAGCACCGCGGCCAGGAAGGCGCCGGCAUCGUCACGGUUCACGACGGCGUCCUCCACUCCGUCACCGGCGUCGGCCUCGUCUCCGAGGUCUUCAACGAAUCCAAACUCGACAAACUCCCCGGCGACACCUCCAUCGGCCACGUCAGAUACUCCACCGCUGGAUCCUCCAUGCUGAAAAACGUCCAGCCCUUCGUCGCCGGCUACAAAUUCGGCUCCGUCGGCGUCGCCCACAACGGCAACCUCGUCAAUUACCAGUCACUCCGCGCCGAUCUGGAAGAGAACGGCUCCAUCUUCAACACCACCUCCGACACCGAGGUCGUCCUCCACCUCAUCGCCAUAUCCAAACAACGCCCAUUCUUCCUCAGAAUAGUCGAAGCCUGCGAAAAACUCGAGGGCGCCUAUUCAAUGGUGUUCCUAACCGAAGACAAACUCGUCGCAGUUCGCGAUCCCUUCGGAUUCCGUCCGUUGGUAAUGGGCCGGAGAGCCAAUGGCGCCAUUGUUUUCGCCUCCGAAACCUGCGCUUUGGAUCUAAUCGAAGCCACAUACGAAAGAGAAGUCCUCCCCGGAGAAAUCAUCGUAGUCGAUAAAGAAGGCGUCCAAUCCUUCUGCCUAAUGCCUCACCCCGAACCCAAAUCCUGCAUUUUCGAACACAUUUACUUCGCCCUCCCGAAUUCAAUAGUCUUCGGCCGAUCCGUAUACCAAUCAAGGCACAAAUUCGGCGAAAUCCUCGCCACAGAAUCUCCGGUGGACUGCGACGUAGUAAUCGCAGUACCAGACUCCGGGGUAGUGGCGGCAAUAGGCUACGCCGCCAAGGCGGGGGUUCCAUUCCAACAAGGGUUGAUUAGGUCACACUACGUCGGGCGAACAUUCAUCGAACCAUCGCAAAAGAUUCGCGAUUUCGGGGUGAAGCUGAAACUAGCUCCGGUUCGGGCAGUGUUGGAGGGGAAACGGGUGGUGGUGGUGGACGACUCCAUCGUACGCGGGACCACCUCUUCGAAGAUUGUGAGACUGUUAAAGGAAGCAGGGGCGAAGGAGGUGCAUAUGAGGAUAGCAAGCCCUCCGAUCGUGGCUUCAUGUUAUUACGGAGUGGAUACGCCGAGUGCGGGGGAGUUGAUAUCGAAUAGGAUGAGUGUGGAGGAGAUAAGGGAGUUUAUCGGAUCGGAUUCGCUUGCGUUUUUGCCGAUCGAGAGGCUGAAGGGGGAGUUGGGGAUGGAGGAAUCGAAAGGGUUUUGUUACGCUUGUUUUACGGGGGAUUAUCCGGUGGAGCCGUUAGGGAAGGUUAAGAGGAUUGGGGAUUUUGUUGAUGAUGGGUUGAGUGGGAGUAUGGGGAGUAUUGAUGGUGGUUGGCUUGCUGGUAUUAAGAAGAAGGUGAAUUUGAAAGAAGAGGUUUCUUUUUAGUUCAUAGGGUUCUUUUUUUUUUUU